UUGGCCAUGGCAGCACUAGAACCAUAAACUCUUAGUAGCAUAUUCACCCAAAGACUGCACAUCAUCAUCCAGAGCAUACGGCUGGGGCACAGCAAGAGCAGAAACACUGGUUCUUGAGAGGGAGCGACGCCACAUUCCGCAACAUUGAUUUUUCGUGGUGGACGCCACUCCAAUCGGCUGGCAACGACGUUCGGUAACAACUGCUGGAAUUUAACCUGUGCCACCCACCAGCCAUCAUGAGCGGCGACGAAGGCGGCUGCAGCGAGAAGCAGACCCUGAACCUGUCCAAGCAGAAGCUGAAGAAGGUGCCCAAGCAGGAAGAUGCCCACAACAUACGCAAGCUGAUACUGGACGAGAAUGAGCUGCAGAAAAUAGACAACAUUGACUCGUACCUCAAGAUAGAAACGCUGUCGCUGGCGAAAAACCAAUUGCUGCGCAUGUAUGGCGUGUGCCGGCUGCACUGUCUGCGCGAGCUAAACCUCUCCUUCAAUGGCAUUCUCUCCAUCGAGGGCCUGAAGGAUUGCCAGCAUUUGCGAGUGCUCAAUUUAGAGGGCAACAACAUCAAGACCAUCGAACAUCUCAACACGAAUGUGGCGCUGGAGUGCCUCAAUCUGGCGGAGAAUAGCGUCACUAGCAUAUCCGACAUCUCAUAUCUGUGCAACCUCAAGGAGCUCUACCUGCACGGCAAUCGUCUGACGCAUCUGCGGCAAUGCGACAAGUACUUGCCCACUUCCCUGGAGACUCUAACGCUGGCCAAGAACAACAUCGACGACUUGAACGAGAUCUGCACGCUGUCGCAUCUGAGCAAUCUGCAGAGCCUCUCCAUCACAGAGAAUGGCUGUGUGAACAUGGCCCUGGGACCCAACAGCGUGGACGGCUUUGACUAUCGACCUUUUGUCUUGAAUUGGUGCAUGAGCCUCAAGUGCAUUGACGGCUAUGCGGUGGAUCCCAUCGAGAGCCUCAAGGCCGAGUGGCUCUACAGCCAGGGACGGGGCCGCCAGUUCCGUGUGGGCGAGCAGCUCGCUCUGGCCAAGCAUCUGAGCACUUUCUGUCCGCUGGUGGGCAAGGCCUUGGAGAACGAAGACGAUCGCAAGCUGCGCCUAAUCCUAAGCAAGGCGCAGCAUCAUCAGCGCCAGCUGCAGGAAGAGAUCAUGGACAAUCAUGCGAAUAGCUCGGCCAACACUUCACCCUCAUCCCAUCGCCGGAAGCCCACGAGUCGCAUACAGUCACCCAGAUUCUCCCGCUUGAGUGGCCGCCAGGGCUCGCCCGAGUCCAUGGUUAACAGCUAUCAUGGCAACAGCAGCAGCAAUAGCAGCAUCAACGAUAAUGGUUCCCUCAAUCAUUCGCUGCAGAUGAGCAUUUCGCUAAUCGAGAACAUCAAGAACGAUGGCGACUUCCAGCUGGCCGGCAGCGGUAUGUCCAGCAGCGUGACCACCAAGACCUACAACUCAACGGAAUCAACGCCUCGCAAUAUAACGCCAAAUCCCUAUAAUGAUCAAACAUUCCUCAGUCAGCCGCCUGCGGGUGGUCCCUUGGCUGCUGCCUCGAAAAUGGUGCCCGUGCCGGAGACUCUGAUGAGUCCCGAUGUCUGUCCCGCCGCCGUUGCCCAACGGGUGACGGUCAGUGCUCUCAACUCGCAGUUGCACAAAACGAAAAUCAACAAAAACAAAGACAACAAACUGAAUUUGCCCCGCGUGCGUAGUCCCCUGCUGAAGCGCACCCAGAGUCCCACCAGCAGUCCACGAAAGGUGGCCCCUAGAACAACAGACAGAGUGCAGCAGCAGAUGACUUCGACGACGACGACGGCGGUGGAUUCGGGAGGUUGCAGUACGGAUGAUGAUGGCGAGCAGAUGAACAUCGACAAGUUGAGGACCAUUAGGAAGAUGGCUGCGCAGAGGAAUCAGCAGCAGCAGCAACAACAACAGCAGCAGCUGGUGGACAACAGCAGUCAGAACUGUGCGGAUCGGUUGAUAGAGCACAUGACGGAGUCAUCGGCGGUUAUCAUACAGAAAAUGUGGCGUGGCUAUUAUACCCGUAAGAAACACAAUCCCGAUAUUGCAGAGAAGCUACAGAGACGCCGCGUGCAGGAGUACAUUGAGCAACUCAGCAAAGACAUGCGGCUGACCAAGGCGCAGCUGGAGAACGAGCGCAAGAUCCAACAGCUGCAAAUGCAGGCCAUCAAUGCGCUGUGGAAGAAGGUGUCCACCAUGCAUGUGGUGGAUCCUAAGGCAGCAGGACAAGUCGCCGCAGUUUCGGGCGAGGAUUCCAGUGCCCCCGUGAGUCUUGAUCAUAACUCGGCCUCUGUGGUCAACGAUCUGGCCAAGCGCUGUACCAUGCUGACGGACCAGGUGCAGCAGCUGCGCAGCUCGAUCGGAACGAUUGUCAACUGCCUGACGAUGGUGUGUAAUCUGCCACAGUAUGCUCUCAUUAGCAAUCCCGAACCUGAUGCCCAGGUGCCCGUGUCGGAGCAGCGCGACUGUAGCUCCACGCAAACCGAUCUGAUUGCCGUACACACGCCACAGAUGGAGGACCUAACGAACUUUCCGUUCACCAAACCGCGACCGUCUACCUUGGCGUUGGAGUCCAAGAUCGAGGCGUUGCCUUUCAAGCAGCUGGAGCCGGACGAUGGCGAGCAAAAGGAGCAUGAUGAAUCGGUGGAGGCGAAUGCAUAAACACCUGCAUCAAAGCGAGCUGCAUCUUCAGGAAAAGGAAAUCAAAUCCCAGUGAAUAAAACGCUUUAAGAAUCGA